AGUGUGGCGACCGAGUACCUUCGAUUAACAGAAGACAGCAACCGUGGCAGAAAAGAUUACUACCUUGAUCCACAUGAUUCAGACCACACCGUUGUUGUGACGAGAGCAGAAGUUUAUGACAGGUUAGUACUCUCGAUUAAGCAUUUGGCUUUUAUUCUUGAAAAGUUCAGCCACAAGCGAGUUGGGUCCAUACCCGGUAUUCCGUACCCAUAAAGGAGCCAACAAGUCCCAGGCUAAAGAACUCCCCAAUAUUAGUUCGACAAUAAAUACCUUAUGUUUUGUUAAUUCAAUAACUGAUAGGUAGGGCCAGUUCUGCUUAUAUACUAGCUUGGCCACUGAGGGAGCGCUUAUUCGGGGAAGAAAUAGGUUCUUCAAAGGAGUACUGAGGAGACAGUAUAUCGUUAAUGAGACACGUGCAUGGUCAUGGCAAAGAACGAAAGGGACUCAGUUACAUUGUUACCUAAGAAAUAACAUUGCUUAACUCGUGGAUACAGAUAAUGGUCUUGCUGUGCACGGUAAAUUUAAAAUUGAGCCGAACGAGUGGCUAAUAAGAAACUGUUCCCUUACGUCAAUGCCGGCGUUUAAUCAAAGGUAAACAAGCGUUCAGAGAAUGAGAGAAGAGAGGAGGUUCCCUUAUAACAUCACUUAAUAUAUUUAAGACGGUGAGCAGCUGGAGGUGAUUGUUAUUCAAGGAGACUCUUAUUUUUCGGUUUGGCAGGCGAAUAUUUAGGGGAAGACGCUUAAUCACCGUGAACGCCUUUCAUUUUUGACAUUUAAGGCGUAAUAGCGUAUAAAUCUCAGAUUGCGAAAAUCUAACUCCGUUCACUGCGUACAAAUCACGUUUCGAGUCCAUUGCCGUUGGCAUGAAGAUUUGAAAUAAUGAUAAUAAAAUAUAGCAUUGCGAUCUUGUCUCACAGAAUUAUCGGCUCGUCGUAAAAUGUUUUAGUGUGAUUCACGUUGCCUUCUAUAAUCGUGCGCAUGAUCUAAAAUGUGUGGUCAAUUUUAUAGGAAUCUACCAUGGUUGACAGCGUUGUUUUCUUCUUAUAGGCGAUCAAGUGAAAAUAUUGCAAACAAUCCCUUGCCUCCAUUACCAGAUGACAUGGAAGAUCAAUUCGAUCCAGAAUCAGAGGAGAGACAACAGAUGCUGAAACCAGAGAUUUACGGUGGCUUGUCGGGGAGUGAGGGCGACAUAGAACUAGAAGAAUUCCAUGGUAAUGAGCAGGCUGUAGCCUUGGAACUGAUGCCUAUUGCUCACUCUACAGAAACGGCCGGAAAUUCAAAGAAGAAAACUACAAUCGUCUGA